AUGCUAGGCCACAUGCAGAGACCAAACCCCCGAGCCAGCCACCAUCUGCUAAUAAAACCAACCAGCCAACCAGGACGGCAACCUACGGACCAUGGACGGGUCCAACGUCUGGACGACGACAGCCCUCCAUGUCCACUGAUAGCCUACCCUGAGGCGACACCAGGCCCUAGCCAUGCUAGGCCACAUGCAGAGACCAAAACCCCGAGCCAGCCACCACCCGUUAAUAAAACCAACCAGCCAACCGAGACGGCAACCUACGGACCACGGACUGCUUACCCUGAGGCGACACCAGGCCCUAGCCAUGCUAGGCCACAUGCAGAGACCAAACCACCGAGCCAGUCACCACCCGCUGUAGGCGGUCCAACCAAACGACCGACCCAGUAUUUUCCCGGACACCUUGAUAUAAGGCGCAAGCGACGUCCAGUGAGGAUGGUCGCUAUUUCUCCGCCGCCCACCAAGAGGACUCAGCAGCCACGUCCCAACAAGAGGCCAGGGACGUCGGCCAACCCCCAGUAG